GGAGCGGCCGCCGCCCGCCUCGGGAGAAAGGGGGUGGGAAAGGGGGGGGGAGCCGUGCGCCUCCCCCUUGCCAGGUCCUCGGGGAGCGAGGCUGCAGGUGGGGGCUCUGCCGCUUGGGUCUCGCUUGGAAACGCCUCGGGCAGGGAAAGUUUCCGCUCUCUUCUCGUCCCCUUUUCCUCCUUUUUCUUUCUCUCUCUUCUUUCUUUCUCUCCUUUUUAUCCUCUCCGCUGACCCUGUGGCACCAUGACGGCAUCUCCCGACUAUCUGGUGAUACUCUUUGUGACCACGGCGGGCACCAACGGGGCAAGGCUGGGCUCAGACGAGCGAGAGCUGCUCCAGCUCCUAUGGAAAGUGGUCGACCUGAGGAGUAAGGAGCUGGGGCACCUGCAUGACGUGCUGGUCCGGCCUGACCACCCGGAGCUGACGGCUGAGUGCCAGGAGAUCACCCAGGUGGAUGUGGAGAGCCUGGCACUGGCUCCACCGCUGGAGCAGGCACUGAGACAGUUUAAUCAGUCUGUGAGCAAUGAGCUGAACAUUGGUGUAGGUACUUCCUUCUGUUUCUGUACCGAUGGACAGUUGCACAUUAGGCAGGUUCUGCACCCUGAAGCUUCCAAAAAGAGUAUCUUACUGCCUGAAUGCUUCUACUCCUUUUUUGACUUGCGGAAAGAGUUCAAGAAGUGUUGCCCCGGCUCACCUGAAGUUAGCAAACUCGAUGUUGCGGCCAUGAGAGAAU